UUUGGCACACGCCGCUGUUCCCGCUGCCUGGCAUCGAUAAGCUCCAACGAGCUGGUAAUGCGUGCUCGCAAUUUAGUUUUUCAUGUUAACUGCUUCUGCUGCACCGUUUGCCAUACGCCACUAACCAAAGGUGAUCAAUAUGGCAUUAUCGAUGCGCUAAUCUACUGCAGAACUCACUACAGCAUAGCGCGCGAGGGCGAUGCUGCAUCGUCGACUAGCAUGAGCGCCACGUAUCCUUAUAGCACACAGUUCGGGUCGCCGCACAAUGAUUCAUCGAGUCCGCAUUCGGAUCCCAGUCGCAGUAUUGUUCCUACGGGCAUUUUUGUGCCCACAUCGCAUGUUAUAACGGGCUUGCCGCAGCCGGCACGGCAAAAGGGCAGACCGCGCAAACGCAAGCCAAAGGAUAUCGAGGCCUUUACAGCUAAUAUAGAUCUCAAUACGGAAUAUGUGGACUUUGGUCGUGGCAGCCACAUGAGCGCCUCGUCGAGAACUAAGCGCAUGCGCACCUCGUUCAAGCACCAUCAGCUGCGCACCAUGAAGUCCUACUUUGCCAUCAAUCACAAUCCCGAUGCAAAGGAUCUGAAGCAAUUGUCGCAGAAAACGGGCCUACCAAAGAGAGUGCUGCAGGUUUGGUUUCAAAAUGCUCGCGCCAAGUGGCGUCGCAUGAUGAUGAAGCAGGAUGGCAGUGGGCUGAUGGAGAAGGGCGACGGCACCUUGGAUUUGGAUAGCAUUUCGGUGCACAGUCCGACGUCGUUUAUGCUGGGCGGUCCGAACAGCACGCCACCGCACAAUCUCGACUAACAGCUGUUGGAGCGGGAGCAACUAAAUGCAACGGCGGCUGCUGCGGCGGCGGCGGCGGCUGCUGCAGCUGCAGCCUACUCCAUAGAGCUGCAAUUGCUGCAGGCGAGCGGCAGUGGAUCGGCGGCUCUAUUAACGUUGGCGGACCUGUUCAACGCCAGCAAUGAAUAGCUUCAAAUUAAAUACUCAAAAAAUAUGGUAGAGGAGGAGGCGGUAGAGGAAGAGGAAGAGCAAGAGGAAGAGAAGAUAAUGUUGUUAGACGAGAAGUGGCAGCAAGUUGGCAUUAAGUAUUUUUGUAGUGUUGCAUCUAGAAACCAAAUCAAAAUUCCAAAUUUCGCUCACUUAUCAAAUUAUUGUUUUUUUUUAAUACCCUGUAGUUGAUGAUAUUGGUAGGGUAUAUUGUUGUGGUACACGUAUUUAUUAGGUAGAGUAAGACGUGGCAGCGCCCGAGCAUAUUUAUAUUUGCCACGUCUAUUAAUUUAUUCGUUUGCCCCUCUAAACGUCGGUCUGCUUCUACGUCUCUUUGAACGCUUCUAACUCGAGUACUAUAAGAGCUAUACCAUUGAAAUUUUCCAUGUAUAUUCUUGUAUACC